UCCGUAUCUCUGGUCUCUCCUGCAGCGGCAGCAAAGAAGAAGCCAAAGAAGGGGAAGACGCUGACGCUCACGGAUUUCCUGGCGGAGGAUGGGGGGGGCGGGGGGGGGCCCACCUACAUCCCCAAACCUGUGAGCUGGGCUGAUGAGACCGACGACCUGGAAGUCUCCACCACGUGGCACAGCAAUGAUGACGAUGUUUACCGGGCGCCUCCAAUCGACCGCUCCAUCCUUCCCACGGCCCCGCGCGCUGCCCGUGAGCCCAACAUCGACAGAAGCCGCCUCCCCAAAUCCCCCCCAUACACGGCAUUCCUGGGAAACCUGCCCUAUGAUGUCACAGAAGAGUCCAUCAAGGAUUUCUUCCGAGGGCUCAAUAUCAGCGCCGUGCGGCUCCCACGGGAACCCACCAAUCCUGAGAGGUUGAAAGGUUUUGGAUACGCAGAAUUUGAGGAUAUUGAUUCCCUGUUCCAGGCCCUGAGCCUUAAUGAAGAGUCUUUAGGAAACAGAAGGAUACGAGUGGAUGUGGCGGAUCAAGCUCAGGAUAAAGAUCGGGACGAUCGCUGCUUUGGCAGAGACCGAGAUCGCUUCCGGGACUCAGAGCGGUUUGAGAGCGACUGGCGCGCACGUCCAGCUGCUCCCGAUGCCUUUGAUGACUUCCCCCCACGCCGGAGUGACGAUGGAUUUGGGGACAGAUAUCGUGAUCGCUAUGAUGACCGGUAUCGGGACGGGCCACGGCGGGACAUGGAUCGCGGCUUUGGGAGCCGGGAUCGCUAUGAUGACCGCAGCAGGGAUUAUGACCGAGGCUACGAUUCCCGAAUAGGCAGUGGCCGGAGAGCCUUUGGAAGCGGAUACCGCCGGGAUGAUGACUACCGUAGCUAUGAGGAUCGUUAUGACCGGCGGGAUGACCGGAUGGAUCGGUGGAAUUCCCGGGAUGAUUACGGCCGGGAUGAUUUCCGCCGUGAGGACAGAGGUCCCACCCAGAGACCGAAGCUCAACCUGAAGCCCCGCAGUGCUCCCAAAGAAGAGGAAACUUCUGGAGCUCCCGCUGCCCAAUCCAGCCGGGCUGCUUCCAUCUUCGGGGGGGCCAAGCCUGUGGAUACAGCAGCUCGGGAGCGGGAAGUGGAGGAGCGGCUCCAGAAGGAGCAGGAAAAACUCCAGCGGCAGCUGGAGGAUGACAAGAGGAUCGACAGACGGCCCCGGGAAAGGCAUCCAAGCUGGCGGAGUGAGGAGAACCAGGAGCGAUCCCGGACAGGCAGCGAAUCCUCCCAGAGUGGCCCUACAGGACCCUCAGGAACGUCUGUGGGCUCUGGCCCCACCGGCCGGACCACACGGAGGAGGGAGAGUGAGAAAUCCCUGGAAAAUGAGCCCCUAGGAAAAGAGGAGGAGCCGCCCUCACCGCCCCCCAAAUCCCGGGAAGAGAAGCCCAAGGUGAUGCCAGCACCGCCUCCCAAGGAAAAUGCCUGGAUGAAGCGGAGCAGCCAGAACCCCCCUGGCAAUUCCCAGAGCUCCGACUCAGAGCAACCCUCCCCAACCAGGUGGGUGUCCCAGGAAGGAGUGGCCUGUGGGAGGUGCUUUUCCAGCCCAGAGCAUUCUGUGGGUCCUUGGUUUUCCCUGGGGGAGGACCCCAAGGGCUGGGAGAAGGGGACCCCAACAUUGCCAGGGAUGAUCCUGUAUGUUCUGAGGCACAUCCCAACGUUCUUGCAGCCCAUGGAGCCUCUUCUGCCCAUCCUAACCUUCCUGUGCUCCCUCCCACCAAUCUCAGCAGACGAACUGAAGCCAGAGGGGGGCCGGGAGAACAGCUCCAAGGGCCGGAGCUGCAGCCGCGGCCCCGUGGGAAUGGGGGACCCUGAGAGGAGAGAUCCCCGGAAGGAGCACGAGCCAAAGAAACUGGAGGAGACUCCCCCCUCUUUCAGCCACGCCAGCAAAUAUGCCGCGCUCUCCAUGGAUGGGGAGGAUGAAGGUGAUGAUGAAGAAGGAGCCGAGUAAAAGCUUCCUCCCCCUCCUCCUCAGCCACCACGGGAACCUCCGGAGAUUCCCAAAAAUCCCAACCUUGAUCCAGGCGAGAUGGAAAUAAAGCCUAAAACUCAUCAAUGCCCUCAGCUACGGCUUCUUAAAUCCCGGAAAACCCCACCCUGAACGCACGGGAAUCACCCCAGAAUCAGCAAGGUGGGGCAGGAGGGGUAAUUCCCAGAGUUUUCUCAAAGGAAAAGCAGCCCCCCCUCCAUGUUUUCAAUGGAAUAAGGGGUGAGGAAGAGCUGGCCUUCCUCCCACCCCACUCACUGGAGCUCCUCCAAAACAAGGAUGAGAAGGCAUCCAAUCCCCCACCAAAUCCUUCAAGGUCUGGGGUCCCCCUCCACCCCCCAUUUUCCUCCCCUCUGGAAUGUCGAUUUUCGCCUGGGCACCUUUAUCAUCCUCCUGCUCACAGGUGUCCCCCCAGUUCCUCUGCCCAGUUUUUGGGAUGCAAACCCCACCCUUUACACAGGAAAACCUGGAUUUCUAACCCAGAGCCUCAAGAUAAUUCUGAGAUUUUGGGAUUUGGAGUGGGCUGUAAAAGUGUAAAAAGAACUUUCCCAGAGGUUUUGGGAAGUCCUGGGGGAGUUUUGGAGUCCCUAGGGGGGUGUUUAGGGGUUCUCCCCCAGGUUGGGGGCUGUUCUGUUUUCUCCAAUAAAAUGAGCUUAAAAAGA